GCUGCCUCCUUUUCAGAUUGUUGUAUUCUGUUUUAAUGGGGCCUUUGAGCCGCAUAACAUCGAAACAAAAGCAGUUGUCCGUAGCUCGAAAAAAUACGGUAACGUAUUGGCGUGCAGAAACGGUAAAGAUGCUGUAGGAAUUUGAAAGCAUCAGCGGCAUCCGCGAGUAGUUCGACGGGCUGCUUGUGCCGCUUUGCUAAACCAGCUAGCCGCUACAAUACAAUUAAAACACCUUUUAUUGCAAGUUUCUGUCAGAUAACAGUUCAGAGACUGGGGAAUCGGUCGCUUUUACUUUUUGGGGUAACUACCUAGUUUUUGGGGUGUGUUGUGGCUGGGACAUCAGCCAGGACUCUGAUCCAGCUGUCCCUCCCUGCAGAUCUCCUCUGAUGCAGUCAAGCCCAAAGCUCCGUGCAUGAUGUGUUUCUACUGUGACGGAGGCGACAUCUCAGCCCUCACUCCUCCACCUUGGGCAGGGUUCAUUGUUGUCUCAUCCUGAGCCCUGUCCUUUGCAAUAAUGACUGACAAGAGGAACCCACCGUUUUUCAAUGAUGACAAUGUAGGUGUGGUGCACUACAAGCUGCCCUUCAGUGAGACCAUGGAGCUGUUCAUUGAGACUUUGACAGGGACCUGCUUCCAGCUGCGCGUCUCUCCGUUUGAACAGGUCGUCUCAGUCAAGGCCAAGAUUCAGAGAUUGGAGGGGAUCCCGGUCUCUCAGCAGCAUUUGAUAUGGAAUGGUAUGGAGCUUGAAGAUGAGUACUGCUUACAUGAUUACAGCAUCACAGAGGGCUGCACUCUCAAGCUGGUGCUCGCCAUGAGAGGAGGGCCUGUAAACACCAGACGAGUGACAGUGACAGAUGACUCGGUAAGGGAUAUCGCUGACUGCCUUGAUGCAGGGAGAGAGGAGAUGUGGGAAAAGUCUCUGCCUAAUAAACAGGUCACCUUCCUGGUGUACCGUGAGGGAGAUCAGCUCAAUUUCUUCCGAGUGGUGGAUAGAGGAGAUGGAACUCUCACACCUGUGUCUGAAUCAUUGAGCGGCGCCUCUGUACGCAAUGUGUACGCGGAGGAGGAGGAGGAAACAGAGAGUGCAUCUUCAGAACAGCAGACGCUGGAGAACUCCAUCACAAUGAGCAAGAUGAAGCAGCUCAAGGCCAAGAUGGAGAAUAUGAACCUUAACAAAAAGCCCAAGAAGACUGCUAAGUUAAAAGUCAGACCUCCAGUGGGUCCGCGGCCCUGCAGCGGUUCGCUCGGCUCUGCCCGACACCAUCGAAUGUUUCGCGUCCUUCCUCAGAUAGGCCACGCUUCUCCAACACAUCUACCUCCGAUCAGCGAUCAGCAGCAACCUGCAGUUUCAUCCCCUGCUACUGGUUCCUCCCGCCAACCAUUCGCGUCUCUCUUGAGUCCCACUUCCUCCAGCCGCGCUCAUCCUUCCUCUGCAGCUUCUGGCGUAUAUAUGCUCCAGGCUGAGGAACCAUGGGAUAAUCCAGUGCCCAGGAAGAUCAGACUCCCUCCCAAAGUGUCCAGGCUGGAUAUGAGAGGGCCUAAAGUCAUGCGAGACUGCGUGUACCCACCUGUAUCGCUUCUGUCCAGUUCUGGAGUUCAAGAUGAGGUUGAUCUCCAGGGUGACAGACUAAUGGUAGCCAAGAACUCAGCGGUUAUGGAGCCGCCCAAAACUGUACCCUUCAAUCUUCCCGAGCCUCUGAGUCUGGACAUAUCCACUCAGCGAGAGCGAGGUCUGAACUCUAUAACUGUCCCGGAACCCAACACCGCUGCUCCUCUUCUUUCCCAAGCCAUCAACUCGAACUGGCUGGUGUCCCAAUCUGACCCUCUCACACCUCCUCAAAUGCCGCAGCACUUUGAGUUUACGGGUUCCUCCAGUCCAGUCCAAGCUCUCCUCAGAAUUAGCAACAGCCCGUCGCUUCCGGUCAGCUCCCCGUCACGGACCACAUCUGUAUGUGGGCUCAAAGUCGACAAGCAUUCGGAGGUGGUUUCCAAAAGCGAGGCCCGAAACAUUACGAAGAUGGCUAAUAAAGCGACUAAAGAGCCAUUGGGUUCGGUAAGCAACGCAGAGCUCCUGGCCUCCCUUGCAGGUGGUGGUGGUCAAGAGGCCCUGGCUGGGCCCUUUGCUCUGGGCAGGUUAUGUGCUACAGCCGCCCCCCUACCAACCAACAUCCAUCUGUUGCAGGAAGACCUGCUGAGGAGGAUCUCCCCCCUACAGAGAGCAGCCGGCCACACGCCGUCAAGCUCAUCAAGCGGCCUCUCCAGUUCAAUAAAGAGAUUAGGCACUCCAACACAUCACUUGCCCCCUGUGAAGGUUCCCACUGGAACAAAGAAAAAGAGUUCAAAGCACUGCUUCCUCUGUGGGAAGAAGACCGGGUUGGCCACCAGCUAUGAAUGCAGGUGUGGCAACAUCUUCUGUUCCAUGCACCGCUACUCAGAAACCCACGACUGCACCUACGACUACAAAAGCGCAGGCCGACGCUUUCUACAGGAGACCAACCCCAUCAUAAGUGCACCAAAGCUGCCCAAAAUAUGAAGGGUGAGAGAGAAAAAAAGACAUGAUAUCCAUCAGCUAUUAAAAGAGAGAAAAGCUUGAUCACCAACCUGUGCUUUUAUCACCAUGUUUGCUUAAAAAUAUAGUAGUGAAAAAACAAAAGGGAAAAACAGUGCUCACUCAUUAGCAUUGCCUUGGAAAACACACCUUUGUCUGCUGUCUAUAAAUGACUUCAUGCAAAAAAAUACAAAACCCUGCAUGUAAAUAGUUUCUAAUAGGCCUGGGCGAUAAAACGGUAUCGAUGUUUAUCGAC